AACUUUUUUCCCCUUUUUUUUAAGGCAUGGAUCUUUUUUUUUAAGCCUUAUUCAUCACAUUUUAUCCAUUCCUCCAUCACUCAUUCAUUCAUUCUGCCCAGCCCUUCUCUUUCCUUUUACGUUACUUAUUUGCUUACUGCAUCUUCAUUAUCUCUCUGCUUAUUCAGACAUUUCGAUACCUUUUCUUUUCUUUUCUUUUCUUUCUUUCUUUCUUUCUUUCUUUCUUUCUUUUUUUUUACACAUUCAUUCAUUGCUCUCACGUUAAAAAAAGACGACUUGUCUUCUUCCGUCGUGUCUGAGUGGUUAGCUUUUAUUUAAGCUCUUGUUCCUGUCGCAGACUGUUCAGCAUUUUCCCCUUUCUCUCUUCUUUCUCAGCUUGACCAUCUCUAUUCCAUCAGCUCUACUCUUAUUUCCAAAGCCUGAAUCAAGCAUUCUUUUUUUUUCAACAGAAACGCGCCAUUGUCGAAUACAACAUUCAACAUUAACAAACAGAUGCACCAGAUGUUGACCACACCACAACAACAAACUCUAAAAACCAGCAAGUCAGUCGAUGGGCUGCGUCGUUCUCGGUCAAACACAGCAGGCCCUGCCUUGCAAACUGUUCGAAGGCCUUACGAAGACAUGUAUAUCAAUUCUCCCAGCCUGACUCAGAACCAAUUGGAUGCAUAUGGGCCUUCCGCCAAUUUUCAUGCUCAUGACAACCGCUUGCAAGAGCAAUAUAAAAACGGAAACGGAAAAGAGUACGAGGUUCAGAAUGGGAGUAGGGAUGUGAACAGAAACGAAUCGGAUUAUCAAUAUGGACAUGAUCAUGAUUACGAACGCCCCCAACGCCCCCAACGCCAUCAACAAACACCUCCACCUACAAAUCAUUCUACCUCCCCCAGUGCCACCAACCAAUCACCCUAUCAAACCCUGAAUGUUCAAUCAACCCAGAUCGCUUCACGAUCUACGCCAAAACUCUCCUUCUUCCCACAGGGCGAAUAUACAACUGGAUCCAAGGAGACACAGUCAUUCAAUGGUCUUCCAGGUCAAAUAGACCAGUCCAAACCUAAAAACAAGGCCUCACAACUCAAGCCGAUCGCUCCGGCAGCAAACGAGAAUGACGAGCAUGUUGAGCGAGAUCAAUAUGGAUUCAAAAAAGAAACUCAAUGGCUAUCCCAUCAAGAUUUUGCGAUAUUCGAAACAUACUAUGUCCCAAUUAUGGAACGACGUCGGCAGAAAUGGGCCAUCUUUAUGAAUGAUUCUCAUGGGGAAUUACCUCCUCGAUCUGCGAAACUAAAACGAUAUGUCCGCAAAGGUAUUCCUCCAGCAUUGCGUGGCGAAGCAUGGUUCCAUUAUAGUGGUGCUGAAGAUAAAUGCAAAGCCAACCCAGGAUUAUAUAAAAAGCUUGUAGCUCAGGCCAAAGCGAAUGGUUCUGCAAACGAGCAUGCAGAGGUGAUUGAGCGAGAUCUUCACAGGACAUUUCCAGAAAACAUCAACUUCAAAUCGCAAAUAACUCAACGACAGGAUGGAGGAACCCAGCUUUCAACCGAAAAUGUAGCAGCAAUUCAGUCUUUGCGGCGAGUGCUUCUGGCAUUCAGCCUUCAUUGUCCGUCAAUUGGAUACUGUCAGUCACUCAACUAUAUUGCCGGAAUGUUGCUCCUUUUCAUGGAUGAAGAGCAGUCUUUUUGGACACUUUCAGUUAUCAUCCAGAAUUUCUUGCCAGAGGGAAUGUACGAUGUCACAAUGGAGGGUGCUAAUAUCGACCAAGCAGUGUUGAUGACACUUAUCAUGGAAAGACUUCCUAAUAUUUGGGUUAAAUUCAGUAAUGGAGCAACUUCAGUUGAAUUGGAUGAAGGAGCAGGGUUACCUACAGUUACUUUGGUAACAAGCCAUUGGUUUUUGACUCUUUUCAUUAAUAUUCUUCCAAUUGAGUCGAUCCUACGAGUAUGGGAUUGCUUCUUUUAUGAGGGUCGUAAAAUUUUAUUCCGUGUAGCACUCACGAUCCUACGGCUGCAUGAAGCCGAAAUUUCCAAGAUUGAUGAUCCCUUGGAAGUAUUCCAAGUCCUUCAGAAUAUACCCAAACGUCUUAUCGAUUGCCAUAAGCUGAUGGAAGCAUGUUUUAAACGCAUGGGUUCAUCUGACCUUACUACGAAGGAGAUCGACCGCCGGUAUGACCAAUUCCGUGCCAAGAGGAAAAGUGCAAGAGCUGCAGCACAGGCUACUAGAACAGCUCUUCGCGAUGCUGCCAAGAAGUAAAAAUAAAAAUAAAAUAAAAAUAAAUAAAAUAAAAUAAAAUUGAGG